CGAGAAUAUUUACUCUAUCCGAAUACCAACUUUCACUUUCGCAAAAGCAUCGUGCGAAUAAUACUGUGUUAUGCAAAGCUAAAACUUAAUUGCACCCAUGUAUGUAGGAAUUUUGCACUGUAGACAACUAUAGAAGAUUGAGCCCACAAAACAUUGACUUUAUUAAAAGUAGGAUCUGAAUCAGCAGAAGAACAAAAAUGUCAGACCCAGAAGCUGACAACUGCAAGGAUAUUCCAAAUAUGAGUAAAGGAGAAACAGAUUUUACUGGUCUCCCAACUAACAAAAUUACUGGGGAUGAUGCUCAAACAUUGGAAACACAAAUCCAAAAGAAUAUCACUAAUUUGGAAGAAGUAAAAAAUGAAAAUGAAUUAUUUUAUGAUACUAAGAGUAAUUUAGACUCAACUGGUAAUGCCAAAGAGUACCAAGGUAAUGAAACUUAUUCAAAAUUUCAAUGUCAUGAGAUCAAAGAACCAAAUGAUGAAAUGAUUAAAGAAAGUUUAGUUUGUGGACUUUGUCAGCAAUAUCUUCAGGAUCCAAAAUUACUGCCAUGUUUGCACACAUUUUGUUUGAACUGCUUAGAUAAAAUGUGUUUUCCAGAAGAAGAAAAUGAAACUAAUAAAGAUGCAGUUGAAGUGUCUGCUGCAGACGGGGUGAAUGGGAAUACAGAUGAUAUUAAAGAGGUCUUGUCAUGUGAUCAAUCCUUGACCGAAAAGGUAGAUAACUCUGAGCAGAAGAAGUUGUUGGAUAUUAAAAACAAUAAAAAAGAUAAAAACAAAACUACUUCAGUUUUAGCUCCAAAAACAACCCAUUGUCCAACAUGCAAGGAAAUCUUUGAAAUUCCUGCAAAGGGCUUAGAGGAAUUAAUUUCCAAUACAGUCUUUUCAAACAUGAUUAAGAUCAGGGAGAAGUUAAAUCAAACAAAACAGUGUGAAAUUUGUAAACUUAGAAAUGUUGUUGAAGAAGCCACUGCCUUCUGUAAAGAUUGCAGUGACAUGUUGUGCAAAAGCUGCUGGCAGAGUCAUUCUUUUACUCGCUUUACUUUAAACCACAAGGUAGUUCCAUUAGAAGAAAUGAAAGACAAAGCCUUGGAUGAUGCCAUAAGAAACAAGUCAAAACCAAUGUGUUCUUUACAUGAAGAUGAACUGCUGAAAUACUUUUGUUCAGAUUGCAAAUGUCUUGUAUGCCGUGAAUGUAUUUUGCUGCAUCAUCAAGGGCAUUCAUGUAUUUUGCCAUCAGUUGCAGUAGAUCCAAAGAAGAAAGAAAUGGAAAGCUUAAUUUAUGGGUUUCAUGGGCGGCUUGAAAGUUUGAGGAAAGAUGAACAUGAGGAAUACGAAAGUCAGAAUGAUAGGGUAGCAGUUGCUGAGAAUACUGAAAUUGAAAAGAUCAAUUCAUUUUUUCAGAAAUUAGUGGAUGCUGUUGAGAAAGAAAGAAAAUCCGUCAUUUCAAAUACUAAGGCUGAAUUUACUAGGCUAAAAACACAAAGUAAAAACAGAAUUUCAUGUAGUGAAAAUAUAGAAAAAAACAUGACAAGUCUACAUCCUGCAUUACAUAUACUAACAAGUCAAGCCAGUGAUGAGGAACUUUUGCAGAUAGAACCAAUGUUACACAACCGACUGGUACAGAUGAUCAACAAAGAUAUCAAACCUUAUCCAGUUAGUUGGUAUUCUCUGCCAGUGGCUGAUGUAGUCAGUUCUUUGAAAAUUUCAUGUGGACAGGACCAAAAUAUAGACCUGUCAUUGUUCAAAGUAACUGGACCAAAGCAAAAAUUUGAACCCGCUGAAUCUAUACCAAUUGAAAGUUCCUAUGAUGAGUUAGUUGAAAUGAGAAAGAUUAGGAGAUUAACUUCUCAGCCUUUAAAUGUCGAAGAGAUUUCAAGUCCAGCUUCAUCUAAAAUACAACCUAAAGAUAGUACUUUGAAAAAAAAGAAUUUUGUGGAUGCAACAGUAUGGUCGCUACUUUCAGGAAACAGUGUUGGAAAAGAAGAUCAUGAUUCAAAAAGUGACAGUGAAUCAUCAGACUCUUUGUGGGUUGAUACAUCCUCAAUGACAUCAGAUAACCAAAAUCCAUCAGUGGGUAAGAAAAAGAAGAGCAGAGGAAAAAGGGGAGGCAAGAAAGCUCAAGGAGAAAGACAGAAAGUGGAUGUUUUACAGAAUAAGGUUCCAACUUCUUUCCCAAAGAAUAAAGGAAUUGUCAAUGAACCCUUAAAAGGUCUCAAAAUGAAUCCUGAAAUGCCUAUCAAUUUUGGCAACCCUUCAAAUAUGUAUGGGCUCAUGAAUAAUCCUGCUCAGAACAUGCCAAUCUCCCAGCCUACCUAUAGGUAUCCUACCACAGUUCCAAUUCCAUUGAAUGUGCCACAAGUGUAUGGGUCCGUGCCUAAUUUGUAUACUCCAGGACAAGGUUGUAUCCAGUCACAGAAGCCUUCUUCAAUGAUGCAAAAAAGUCCCAAACAACAGAAAGAAAGCAGAAGUAGUUCUGGUUCAUCAGAAGAUAAAUCAGUAUCAUCAACCAGUGCUGUUGCAGCUGCCAUUGUAAAACCAAGUAAAGUUAUUUCUUUGCAGCCAAAAUGGCGACUGGAUACAAAGCUUAGUUCUGAUAUCCAUGAACCAAAGCUUAGAAGUGUGUAUUGUCUCCAAAGUACCAGUGUUAUUGUUUCUGAUGUCAAAAAUUCUAAAGUCAAGUUAUUUACAACAAAAGGAGAAUUUAUCAAAUGUUUUGAUCUGAAAAAUGUCAACCAAGCAAUUUUUACUGCAAACUUAUUGAUUUAUAGUGUAAAAAAUCAAAUUUGUGCCAAAAAAGAGGAUGGAACAGAAAUGAAUCCACUAAUUUUCAACAACACCCCUUUUAAUUGUUUGGUAACUUGGUCUCCCAAAAAUACUAUUCUUGUAUCAACCGGAGUAAAAAUACGGCAGUAUGCAUGUAGGGUAGAUGAAAACAGGGGAAAUUUUGUAAAGACUUUAGAUAUUGGAAUAGGCUGCAGUCAGAUUCAGCAGAUAGUUGAUUUGAGAUGUGAUCAUCAAGGCAAGAAGCUUGUGAUUGUUGAUGGAAUUUCAAAGUCUGUGAGUGUUUUGGAUAUUGAAGGAAACCUGAUGGGGACUUACAAGGAAGACAGUCCUGGUUGGAAUCCAACUUCUGCCUGUUUUGACAAGAAGGGUUUGGUCUUUGUUACAGAUGGUGGAGGAAAUCGUCUCUUAUAUCUAUCAGUCACUGCACAGUUUAUCCAGCAAUGGGAUACUUGUCCUACUAUCAACAAGCCAUCAUAUGUUGCUACACAUGUUUCUCAACCUUUAUAUAUUAUAGGCCAUGACAGAUAUGUCCAUGUCUAUGAUUAUUCAUAUCUUUAGAUUUUUCAACUUUCCCCAGGGGUCAGUGUAAAAAGUUUUGUCAUCAGAAAGUAUUCUGGUUACCUGUUAGGAUUUCAGUUGAUUAUAGAUCCAAAAAUAGGAUGACGUUUGUUUUUAAAUAUCUUAUGUAUUUUAUUGUCAUUACCAUAUCUUCUGUUUUUCUAUUUUCUAUUUUUCUCUCAAGAAGAUCGACUUUCAAUGAAAUUUAUCUUGAAGAUUUACAUCAGAAAAAUAAGUUGCUUAUAUUAUUAUUUUUGAGUUAUGUCCCUUAGAAAGGUUAACUACAUUAAAAUCAAAAUAAACUGCAGUCCAGCUAACCAUGAUUUAAGCUUAAAAAAAGCAGGUAAGUAAAUCGUCAUUCCACAAUUAAUAAGCCUAAUUUGUUUUCUAUUGUUAAUUUUAUAUAUUCAAUUAAAUAUUUAUAUAUAAUUAAUUAUUACAAUUUACUUAUAGGUUGUUUGGCGAAACACUACAAUGAAUAUGGUAUACUAAAGAUAAGAUAAGAUAAGAUAAGAUUUAUUUUAUUAAAGUGUCACCAUCCAUUACAAUAUUAAUAUAUAUAUAUACACAUAAAAUCAUAAGAACCCAACAUUUAUGUAAAAGGAUGCCAGUCGAAAACGACUUAUGAGACACUAUCAUUAAAACAAACAUCUAAUACAUACAUAAAAGGACAGCUUUGAUACAUUUAAAAUGUAUUUCGUAAAUUAAAAAAAUAAAUAAAAAAUAACAAAACAUAUAUAAUUUCUAGAUGACAUGUUUUCGUCGAUAAGACAUAUGAUAAAGGGAACUAGCUAAAAGAGGAACCAUAUUCUCAUUACACAUAAGAUAAAGAAGUUUUUCAACAUCACAUAAAUUCUCAAAAUCAACAUUUAAAAGACAGGCUUUGGCAUAUAAUUCAUGUCUGAUAUCAGAGUAAAAACAACAAUUAAAAAGAAAGUGUUUUUCAUCUUCAAUUUGGCUACUAUCACAAAAAAUACAUAAACGGUCUUGUAGAGGUUCUGGUGGUCUAGCAUAUCGACCUGUUUCAACUUUAAGUUGUAACGAACCAGCUCUGAAUAGUGACAAAAUACGUCGGUGGCAUCUAUUAUUAACUACCUUUACAUAAGGCUCCGUACCAAUACAAGUUUUAAACAAUCUAUAAAAUCUUAAUUUGUUACCAUUGACAUUAUUUUUAUCAUUCCAUACUUCAUGGUGCCAAUAUCUUUUUCAAAAGUUUGUAUAGAGUCCCAUACAUUACUCAUAUUAAUUUCAUUUUCUACAUUUAUAAUCAAACUAUAUUUACGAGCUAACUGUACAACUCUAGAUAUAAUAAUAAGUUAUAAUAACUCUUGAAUUAUAAUAUUUGUAUUGAUCACUUUCUAGAAUGUAUUAAUGUCUUUAUCAUGUUUAUAUUCUCUAUAAUUAUCAAGGACAUGGAAUUUAAACAUAAAAAUCCAUUGUACAUGCAAGGUAGUUUUAAGUGUUUUUAUGAUAUGGUUGAAUAAGGUUCUUAAAAAAAAGGAAAUGACUCAGCAAAAUUUUAUGAGCCUGAAAGAUAAUUUUAGUAGAAAUGAUUUUUACAAGAUCACUAAAAGUUUAUUAAGAAACGUAAAUAAUUCACAUCAUAAAAUAAUAUACAAUUACCUUCUAAAUUUCGCCAUGAUAUAGCCUUUUUGUGCUAAUGCAGCGUAAAGCAACCAACAAUCAAUCAAUAUAAAUUUCAGUUUUCCAUUUCGGCUUGCUGCAUAGAUAUGAGGGAAAAGCUAAUUUAAUCUACUAUUAUUCAAAAGGCAAGAUUUUUUCAAAUUUGCUAAUUUUAUAAUAUUUAUUUUUUUACAUAAGGGAGCUACCAUUUGAUUUUUAUGGGGGGGCUAGGUUAUUUUAUUUUUCUAUCUAUGCAGAUAUUUGUGAAGAAAUUUUAUAACAUUUUGAUUAUAUAACUUCCAUUUGCCAUUUUUCUUUAACAUCUUAAUUUUUUUCUUGAAAGAAAUCUUAAGUUUUAAUAUGAGUACCAUUCCUGUAAAAAUGUAGCAACUUCCAAUGAUGUUGCUUCAUCGAUUCAUCACAUUCAUACAUUAUCACCAUUUGCUAUGUCAUUCAUAAUUAGUGUUGCAAUACAAGUUGUAAUAUGUUAUAAAACUUACUAUAUUUCCUGAAUGUACAUGUAUGUUUGUAAUUGUGUAUGUAAAAUAGGUUAGUUGAAGUACGAAUAUUUUAAGCUUGUCCAUUGAUAUUAUUCUUGUUGCAUUCUGAAUGAUUAUUUUUGUCGUAGAUAGGAAGAAAAUAAAUUAUAUAUAUACUUUUUUUAACACUGCAGAUAUAUGUAUUGAUGGUUUAGAGAUAAGUGAUUUUAUCAUUUUACAAUCUCUGUAUUAGAGAACCAAUAUGGUUGUGGUGGGGCGGUUGUGGUGUGAUAAGUUUUACGGUCAGGCUUAUGGAAUUAACUGUGCGGUAGGAGGAACACUUGCUAUAAGAUAAGAUAAGAUAAGAUAAGAUAUUUUAUUUUCCAAUUAUGGGCCCCAAAGGGCAUAAACAUUACAACAUCAAUAAUUUUUUUCAUAAUACAAUACAAACAAUGAGAUAAAAAAAAAAAAAGUUAAACAAGAACUAUUUAAGUUCUUAAAGAAUACGUAGAUAAAGAAUCUAUAGUAUGUUUUUUUUUAAUACUAAUGCAUUUUAUUGCAAGUGUGGUUGAUAUAGAUAACAAACAAGUAGCCCAAAAAGAAAAAAAAGGAAAAAUAGAUAUCCACAUAUGUAUAGUACACAAAAAGUUGGAUCAAUUAAAUAUAUAAUAAUUAGCCAAAAAGAAAGUAGAAAUUAAACAUGUCCAUGACUCAUCCUGUGUCAGCAGCAAAUAGGAAAGCAUUAUGGUUUCCUAAAGGCAGCUGACACCAGGGGGCGAUACCUUAUGGGCCAUAGGCAUGUAAAAUGUGUGUAAAUGUCUCUUUCCUACCUGUAUCAAAAGCAAACAAGGAAGCAUCAUAGGUAACUUGAAUGCAGUUGAUACCAGGGGACGAUGCCUCAAGGAUAUAAGAGAACAUUUGAAUAAAUAAUAUAUCUUAACAAUUUUAUUUUUUUUAAUCGGCUAGUAUGUUUGUGAUAUUCAGAUGAAUAUAAUUUUCUAUGUCCAAUCAAAUGUAUAUACACACAUAGAUCUCCUUUAACUAAUCUUCACUAAGGAAGAUGUUUGUAUAUAAAAUUACAUAUUAUUUUAAGUAACUCAACAUUUUCUACACUAAAUAACCAGAUAAUUUUGCUUUGACUGUUCAUAUGAUUAAAACAAGAAUUAUAUUGUGCAAUACUAGCUAACAUACAAUUUCUAUCAUCCUCAAAUUUGUUACAAUCAAAUAGAAAAUGAGCCUCAUCUUCGACAGUAUUGGAAGAACAUUUAUUACAUAUUCUGUUAAUUCGGGGAAUACCCUGAUAUCUACCUAAUUCUAUUUGUAAUCUAUGAGAAGAUACACGUAAUUUAGUAAAACUUCUUCUAAAUUCAAAAUUCUUGAUCAAUGUUAGAUAUUUUUCAAAACCAAAAUUUGUUUUAUAUAAAAGGUAGGUUUUCAGUUUACUGUCUGAAAAUUUAUCUAUUUGUUUUUUCCAACAGCUAAUAAACAAUAUUGAUAGCUUGGUUUGUAUAUAUUUCUUAAAUUUGUAUAAGGAUUCACAAAAUGGAGCAUUUAUGGCAUUUGUAUAGUCAAUACCAAGUAUUUUAAAAACAACAUUUAUUGAACCAUACCAUGAUGUUAUAUUCAUGUGAUGUAGUGUCUUUGAUUGUGUAUAUGCCUCUUUUAAUAGAGGAAAAUUAUCACCUAAAUUCUCUAAUCUAUACCAGUACAAUAACAUUCCUUUUAUAAUAUUAAAAUAUAUUGGAAAUCUUCCAAGUUCAGAUAACACUGCAGCAUUUGUUGUUUUCUUGUGUACCCCAAGUAUAAAUUUACAAAAUUUUAUAUGAAGUUUCUCACAGGGUAAACCUGAAUAUAAUUUUUCAAAAGAUAUAUCUUCCUUCUUACAUUUAGAGGAAAGAGAAUUAAACAUCCCCCAUAUUUCGCUACCAUAUAAUAAAAUAGGUUUUACAGUGUGGUCAAAAACAUGAAUACUUGUUUUUACAUCAGGAUUAAGUGAUAAAAGAUCUUUCCUUAAUUUGAAAUGAGCUUUCAGGGAUUUUUUGUAUAGUUCAUUUUGAGCAUAACUGAAUGAACCAGAUGAGCUUAAAUAUAAACCUAGGUAUUUGUAUUUUGAAACACAUUCCAGAUUUAUAUUCUGAAAUGUGAAUAUCUGUUUUACAUGUCUGCCUGCCUUGUUGAAAAUCAGCACCUUUGUCUUAUUAGUAUUCACAUUGAGACACCAAUCUUUGCAAAAUUUAUCAAGCAUUCCCAGCUUUUCUCGUAGUCCUUCAGCUGAUGUAGAUAAUAAAACAAUAUCAUCAGCAUACAUUAAACAAUGUAGAUCUUUGUCAUUGACAUUAACUGGGUCUCUAGUAUCUGACAAAUAUCUGGGCAAAUCAUUUAUGAAUAUCUUGAAUAAAUUCGGACUGAGGUUGUCACCUUGUUUGACUCCAAUAUCUAAUGGGAAAAAAUCACUUACUUGAUUUUGAAUUUUGACACAUGAUUUGCUAAUUUCAUACAUACUUUUAAUAAGGCCUUUUUUUUUUAAUUAGUUGGUUUACGGAUCCGCCGACCCGAUUUUGUUUAAAAGUGAAAUAAAAUUAAAAUUUUGAUUUCGUGUUGUUUUUUAUUCCGCCGACCCGAUUUUUCGAGUGCUGUGAAUAAAAAAAUCUGAGGCGUUCCAAAACGUUUUGUCUGUGUCAAUAAAGCGUUUGUAGUGAACGGCGUAUUUUGAAAAGCUUCGAAAUGACGCAGACGAAUUCAAAAACCCAACGAGGGAGGACCAUGGAGUCUGACGGCUUCAUCUACUUUCAGUUGAAUAUUAACUUUGAUGGUCAACGUACUGAGAGCACUUUUAUCAAAUGCAAACCUAAGCAAACAAUCGGCGAUGCCAUAUUCGACAAUAUGGCUGAUGAAAAUGUUGCCAUUGUCAAGGUACAAACAAAAUUAUGCAUCUGAUUAGCCACUAGACAUUAAACAACAAUUGACCAUCCAUCCAUCAAAUGCAAAGCAUAUCAAGAUAAGAGCUAAACUAUUUCUCCUCCUCAACCCCUGUAAUGUCAUGAAUGAACAGCAUUUUUUUUUUUUUUUUUCCUCCGACUCAAAUUUUUCAGAACAGUUAUACAUGAAAAAAAAAAUCUAAGAUUGCUAUUUUAUUUUUAUUUUUUUUACCUCCUCCGACCCUAACCUUUGACACUAGUUGUCCAUAAACCAACUAAUUAAAAAAAAAAGGCCUAAUGUUAUAAAAAUAAGACCCAGCCCCAAUAUCUAGUAAUUUAAUCUUGAUCCCUGUAUGUAUAACAGUAUCAAAAGCCUUCUGAAAAUCAACAAAACAGGCAAACAGUCUACCUUCUUUUGAAUUACAGUAUUUGUUAAUAAGACAGUUUAAAAUAAACAUAUGAUCUGCAGUUCUGGCUUUCCUUGUGAAUCCAAUUUGACUAUCAUGUAUAAUAUUAUGUUCCUGAAGAAAUUUGUCCAGUCUUAGACUUAAUAUUCUAUUAAAAAGCUUUCCAAUUGCA